UGCAGCGCAGAGCGCGCGGCACUCCGCUGCUCCCACAGAGUUGAUCAGUGUCCGGAUACCUGAUGGAUGAAUGGGAUGGACGAUCGAUGACCGAUCAGUUAAACCGCACGCGGGCACUCACAGAGCGGAGACUCGGAUCGGUUAAGUAUUGAUUAUCAGUGAAUGGUCCGGAGCUGACAGCGCGAGCGGAGUUGUGCGCUUCAAACCAAGCAGGACUCUACUUUCUUUAUCCAUCCAUCCUCGUCCUCCGGGAUGAAGACUCCUCUCAGCCCCUCUCAGUUCCUGGACAGUGGUUACAUCUUUGGCUUUGGAGGGAUGUGUCAAGAGCUGAUGGACACGCCCACACCUACGUCCAUCAGUCUCUCUGUCCCACACGCUACAUCCUCAGGUCAGAGCGGGACGUACUCGCUGUGUGAGGUGUGCAACCUGCAGCUGACCUCUGCUGCUCAGGCCCAGCUGCACUACAAUGGCAGGUCUCACCUCCGGAGAGUGAGACAGCUGCAGGCUGGAGACAACAGGCAGCAGGCAGCAGGGGCCCAGUCCAGGUCUCUUCCCCAGGUCACAGGGCUCAGUUUUCAGCCUGCAGGACUAACUCCGACUCCCGGCUUAAGUUCAGGCCUCAGCGCUCCUUCCAGCACGACUGCAGGAAGUGGGAGUGGUGCAGUGGGCGGAGCGUUGCCAGGUCUCAUAGGUGCCACUGGUCCCUCAGUCAUGAUGAAACCCUUUCUGCCGUUUCCUGUUGAGACAACGUCACCAGUUGGACUUUUCCCAAACUUCAACACGAUGGACCCGGUGCAGAAGGCUGUCAUCAACCACACCUUUGGUGUUACCAUGGUACCUAAAAGGAAACAGGUCAUCUCCUGUACUGUCUGCCAGUUGAGGUUCAACUCUGAUUCUCAGGCUGAGGCUCAUUACAGAGGAAGUCGUCACGCAAAGAAGCUCAAGUCUCAGGAGAACAAAGCCAAGGCUAAGCUGUCAAAUUCUGCAGAAACCAAUGGGAGCGUCUGUAAUCCUGCUGGCCCCGCCCCUCUUGUCUCAGCUGUCCCCGUCCCUCUUGUCUCAGCUAACAGCAGCACUAAUCAACACACAGAUUUCUUAUCCAGAACCGCAGACACUCCGUCUCCUGUCAAAUCUUUCCUCCUCCCCUCUACCUCCCCUCUCUCUUCCUCCUCCCCCUCUUCUAGUAGAGCAGGCAGUGAGCCUCCUCCAUCCAGCCCCCCAUCGGGACUCCCAGCUCCAGGCCUCUCUUCCUCUUCGUCAUCCUCUUCUUCCAAAGUGUCUUCCGCUUCCGCUCCCGCUCCUGUCACUACCUUGUCUUGCCCUGCUCCCCUUCCACCUGCACCCUCCCAGGAUGCUUCACCUUCAGUGGAGUCAGAAGAGGAGAAGGCAAAAAAGCUGCUGUAUUGUUCUCUUUGUAAAGUCGCGGUCAACUCGCUCUCUCAGCUGGAGGCGCAUAAUGCAGGAUCAAAACAUAAAACAAUGCUGGAGGCUCGUAGUGGCGCUGGGCCGAUCAAAGCCUACCCUCGGCCUGGAGCAAAGCUGAAGAACGGCAGCAGCUCGGGACUGAAGGGCUCCGGCCUGCAGAACAAAACCUUCCACUGCCAGAUCUGUGAUGUCCAUGUCAACUCUGAGAUCCAGCUUAAACAGCACAUCUCCAGCAGGAGGCACAAGGACAGAGUGGCAGGAAAACCCAGCAAACCCAAGUACAGUCCUUACAACAAACAGCAGCGCGGCUCACUCACUAAGGAGCUGGUGAAGCCUGCGCUCUCACCUUCAUUCCUCUCCACUCCUUUUGCUCCACCAUCUACUCCGCUCACCCCCUCUCUAUCACUCCCUCCAUCCUCUCUGUCCUCUUCCCCCCUCCUCACACCCACGUCCUCCCCCCUCACACCUGCGAUCUCUAUCCACCCUCGCCCUCCGGCCUCUUCCCCCCUUUUCACAGCCUCCUUCCUCCGUCCAGCACCUGGACCAAUCAGAGCGAGCCAAGGAUCGAUUCUCUUCACGCCGUACUGAUGCCAGCAGAAGCGGGAAGUCAUACCAGCGAACUUUGACAUGCUUUUUGUUGCCACUACGGGGACAUGGGAGACAUCGCAUUAAGACUGCAGGGAUUCAAACCUGCAACCUCCCCACUAAGAAAGUUGUGAACUGUGAACUGCCUCUUGCCGACCAGAAGAGGGGAUGUACGUUUAAAUAACCUGAACCUGGAUGAACGAAAAAACAGAAUAAAAAAUAACAAAAGAGUUCUUUCAUUGAGACAUGUGAAGUUCCUGGAAACCAAAAAAUACUGAAGUUGCUCAACAUUGUUUAGAAAGCACUAAGUGACCGUAGAGACCUGCAAAAUCUAAAACACAGGGCCCACCUUAGAGAAAGCCAAGUCGAGAACAAAUAUCCGUUUUUAGCAGCCUGCAUUGGCCAAAAAAAUAGGCUUUUAAUGUAUUUUGAUUUGUCAGAGCUGACAAGACACUGAAUCUAAAGACAACCCAGAACCUGCUCCCAAACUCUUACCAACACAGGUAACAGUGCUGUUACUGAUUUUUUGGGGGGUAGGUUUUGAGGAAGUUUGGACGUUUUGAUGAGGCCAGACACUAAAGCUGAUGGGAACAUUUUGCUCGAGAUCCCAGCUCGGGUUCUCCCUCAGAGUUUGAAGAGGAUUGGAGGAGCUGUUCUAUCACCUGCUCGAGGAGCUUAGCAGCACAAAUAAGACGUCAGAAACUCAGCAGACGUCGUCUAUCGUGACCUAACACUACUGCAGCUGUCAGCGUGCCCUCACUCAGACGCUACUCUCGUGUUUCACAUAUACAUAAUUCCUGAAGAAAGUAAAAAAAAAAGUUGGAUGGAGUACACAGCAUUUUGUACUUAUUGUCAACAAAUCACAUGAAACACUCUAAAAACAGUUAGACGUCCUGUUGUGCAGCUCCGAAACCUACAUGGUUUACAAUAAAACCUACAUGGUUUUAUUUAUUAGUGGGGACACGGUGGUGUGAACUGUUUGGUUGAACAGGCGGCCUGUUUUCAGCCUCUGCGAGUGUUUGACCUACUGAUCUGUUUGGUGAUGUCAUUAAAACCUUAUUAUUUGGUUACUGAUGUAUAAAAACUUGACCAAAAAUUUCACUUUUCUCCUUAAAAAAGAGCAGAAAUAAAUAAAAUAGCUUUUUAUUCACCUGUUGUUCAGUUCUAAUAUCUCCCUGCAUCCAAACUGCCAGGCAAGUAUGCAAUUCAAUUUGUAAAAUGUUUCUGUUUUUUGUCCCAAAACAAUUACAUUUUGAUACACGUGAGCUACGUAAAUACUAAAAUCAGCUUUAAAAUCCUUAAAAAGUAUAAAACAUCUGCAACUGGUGACAUGACCUGACACAGCACUACAGCACAUCCUGCUCUGUGUCCUCAGUGGCGGCUACAGCUUCACCAAGUUGCACUAAAGCAGAUAUAUUCUUUAGUGGAAACAUGAAAAGCAGUUUAAACCAGACAGCUUCUCAGAUCAACAUUGUCACAUAACCGUUAAUGGUUAUCCAAAGGUUUUGCUCAUCAUUGUCUCCGACUGUUUUCUGCUUUCUGUGUGACUAAUGUGUGACUAGUGUCCCCGUGUCCUGUCCACCUGUCUCCGCUGCCUGUUGAAAAAUGAUUUUGGACUCUGGAUGGAGAAAAGGGCCUUCUGUCUGAUUCUUUUGUUUUAUUGAACCUUCCUGUUGUCACUGAACUUUCUGGAGUUUGAAGCAUCUGAGCAGAACUUUUCUGAAAGCUGAAGAGUUGGAGAGACGUUUUAAAACAUUACUAGAACUUUCCACAACCUGCAAAUAAGCUCACGGACUCUCAAUCGAUAAAACAAACUUUUACCUACAGCUUUAAUUAAUGCUUCUCUGGUUAUUUUUGUGCUCUAAUUAUUUAUUUUACAUUGUGUGUUGUAUAUAUUUACCUAAAGCUUUUUCUUGAUUUUUCAAUAACUGCUUAAAUUAAGACUUUUGGUCCAUUUAGCACUCUGGUCCAGGGAUGGUUAUCUCAAGGUGCACGAUGAACCCAUUAGCUUUUAAAGCUUUCUUUGGCCUUCAUAUUACCUUUUUUCAUCAUCACUCAAAGGUCCACUUCUUGGCUGUUUUCUGAACCUCCAGCUACAUCUCAGAGCUUUGGGUGAGGUGUGUUUUUGUGUUUUUCACUUGUUCUUUAUAGUCCAGCUCUGUUACCCAGGAUAAUAAAAAUAGACUUGAUCUAGGAGCAGAGAAAAAUCUGUGUUGUCAAACCCACUGAGUGUGUGAAUACACGCCAGCAUCGCAGGAUAUUUAUCCAGUCUUCCAAGAACAACAGGAAAGUGAAAAUUAUGCCAUCCAGAAGAGCUAAAAUGUUUUUUUGGCCACAAAACCUUGAGUAAAAACACGACUUUACCCCGGCUUGCUUAAUAUGUGAUACACAGAGGGGCCUGUUUUUUUGGCUUUAACUUGUUCUACGUGCUUCGUUACUUAUUCAGUUUUAAUGAGUAACAAUAGUCAAAUCCUGUCUUUAACCUCCUAAGACCCGAACUCUUCCACGACAUGCAUUUUUAAUUUCUCUUUGAUAUUUGGGCUGAU